AUGGAGGGCGGGGGUGUCGGCUCCGUUUUGGGCAUUGUUAAGAGCGGUGCUGAACUGGAAGAGAAGGAGCGCAAGGCGCUGUGGAAGUCGCCGAGUUUAGUGACCACUACCACGGCGGUGCAGGCGCAGUGGGUUGCAUUGCAGAGCAUUUGUGAUGGUUGUAUUGCUGGGCUUGGGGCAGAGAGGGACAAAAUGUCGACAAAGGUUAUUCAGGCGGAUGAGGGCGGUACGUCAGCGUUAAAACAGGGCCCGGUGUCAGUGCGGAAGGGUUCAGGUUUAGCACUGGAGGCGGCAUCAUCAGAAGAUUCUCACGACACAGGUCCGGGUGCUCUGGCGUCCGCUGCUUCUUCCGAGGGGGACGAGGGUUGUACGUUGUUGAAGCAUGAAAAAGGGCCGUAUAGCAGGAACGCGGGUGAAUGA